AUGAACGUCUUCACUGUGCUAUCGUCACUAUACACCGCGGUCACAGGUAGACUUUCAGACCCCGUCGUGUCGCUCGUGUCAAUUGGUCUUGCGACUUCUUCAUACGUCUUCUUCACACAGUUUGGAGCCCUCUCUUUUGGCCCAGUCGCAUUUGCGACUGAACGCAAGGAAGUUAUAUCAGAGGUACCCGAAUGCAUUGAGCUAUGGGGAUUCUAUACAGAUAGGGCAUCGAUUCGCAUAUCAGCCGCCGCCAUUCUGUCGUGUCUGUCGUUCCUCGCUGCAGCCAGGUCAUUGGACCCCUCGAAAUUCGAUGUCCAGCAAUUACUUCACAUCAACGCGACGGUUGCUUUCAGCGUCUUCCCAUGGGUUAUCACCAUAAUGUUACCAACUUACAAAAAGCUGUGGAGUUUCCGAGACAGGAUCAGCAGGAAAACGUCAGACAACUAUAUCCUCACAUCUGGAGAGUCACAAGAUGCCAUGGAUUGUAUCGACCACUGGAAAACAUUGAAUCUCGUCCGUGUCGCAAUCGGGUUUACGGCAUGGUUCUUGGCCUUCAUUGUCUUACUCCUCGUCUGA